AUGGUGAAGAAGUCAUCGAGGGUGUACGUGGGCGACACGGACGGCAGCGUCAAGGCCGGCGACUCUACCUCUGCAACUCCGGAGUCUACAGCGGCUGAGAAGAAGGCGAGGCGGAAGCUGGUGGCGAGGCUGUCGCACGACAUAUCAACGGAGCAAUUAUUCUCCGACGAACUCAUCGACGGGAAGGUGGCGGACGGGGAGGAUGACGAGUCCGUUUCUGGUAGCGACACGGACGAUCAAGCUUCGCGAGAUGGUGACCACCAGGGUCCAGCCAAGGAGGGACGCAUGUACCGGAUCGAAUCGCACUCGGCUCUCAGCUCACUUGAGGCCAAGUAUCUGGAGAAGGUUCCGUCCGCAGAGGCGAGCUCCGCGUCGUCCAUGGAGCCGCGACCAGCAGCUCGAGCGCACAAGCUCGCCCCUCUGCCUGGGAGCCCCACCGCUCGAAACGCAGAAGCUGCUUCUCCCGACUCGACACUUCGCCUGACUGCGUUGCUCACUACGCCCGAGAGGGAAGAAGCAAUUUCUACUCAACAAGCGCCGCAAGUGUGCGCGCAGUGCAGCAAGAGUCGAGAGAUGCCGCCGAUGCACUGCGCUGCGUACACUGGGCACGUCACGUGUCUAGAACUGCUGCUCCAGAAGGCUGACGUCGAGGCGGAGAGUGCAGACGAUCAAGGCAAGAAGAAGAAGUCGACGUGGCUUGACAAAAAGCAGCGGACGCCAUUGUUCUACGUGUGCGCGGCGAACCGACUGGAGUGCUGCGCGUUGUUGGCGCGUGUGCGUCGGCUGUGGCUGAACACGGCGGAUCGUCAGAUGGAUACGCCCGUGCACGUGUGCUGCUUCUUUGGCUGGCAUCAGUGCUUGCAGCUACUGCUAGACGCUGGCGCCGACCCUCACGGACGCAACGCCAAAGGCUUCAAGCCGUCGCAUCUGGCGGCUACGCCCGAGUGUCUUGAGGCGCUGCUAGCCUUCGGUGACGAUCUCCUUCAAGGAGACAAGCUGGGUCGAUCCCCCCUCUUCGUCGCCUGUGCUCGAAAUCGCGUCGCCUGUGUGGAGUUCCUGUGCGCUUGGAACAACCAGUCUCGCUCCUGGAUGCUGGAGCUGGAGGACCAACGUGGUGACCGAGCUAUCCACGCAGCGGCGUGCAACGGCAGCACUGCUUCUCUGGCGGUUCUACUGCGCUACGGAGCUGACCCGCUGACGAACAACGCCAAAGGCAUGAGCCCGAAGGAUUUGGCUGCUGCGAACAAGCAUCCAGAAUGCGAAGAGCUGCUGGCACAAGCGGAAAGGGAACUGGCAGCGAGUGCAGGAACCUCCUGGCUCGCCCCUGCCAACGCCGCAGACAGCGGAGACAACAACUACAGCGACGUAAAAGCUGAGGGCGCGACCACCGACUGGGUCCAGUGCUUGGACAACGACAGCGGCCAAGCGUUCUACUACAACAACCUCACGGGCAAGUGUCAGUGGGAAGUCCCGCCCGGGUUCGAUGCCUCUCUACAGCCACAGCAGGCCCAAAGCUCAGCGACCAACACCCAGCAGCAAUACGAGACGUACUCGGAGAGCGCGGGUGAAGUGGACGAUGGGAACGAAGAGUACGUGUGGGUUAAGAAGAAGAAGCAGACAGUGUGCGUCGUAACCAGCAAGGAAACCGAGUGGACUGCAGUGCAAGACCCCGUGUCACGCGCGAUCUACUACAAGAACACUCGCACAGGCCAGUCGCAGUGGGAAGAGCCUGACGCAGUGCGAGAACUCGCGAACGCUGCUGGCGCGCGGACGUCUCAAGAAGCGUCACGGGUGUGGGAAGGACUGGACAAGUCUCGGUCAGCCCUCGCAGCCGCAAUCGCUCGGGAGAAGCGGAGGCAACUUGAGGCUCAUGAGCAGACUUUACUCCAAGCAAGGUUCCAUGUGCGUCAGCGUCGAGAAGACAUUGCCAAGCGUGAGGAGCAGGCUCGACUGGCUCAGUUGCUCCCCCGUUCCUCGUUUGUGCGUCGCAAGAAGCAGUCGAUGAUGAUGAAAGUGACGACACACAACCGUCAGGCUGCGAAGACAACCGCCAAGGUGCUCAACGGGAAGGGCAAGAGGCAAUCGAGUCUAAGCGAGGCACUGAACGAGAACGAAGACGACAAUGAAGACCCUAACGAUGAAGAGCCAAGUGAUGAAGAGGGAGGAGCUGAGGCGCGACUGGAGGAAAUCUGCGCUAACGAACCAGCCCUUGACAUGUUCCUGAGCACAUACUUGAAGCUGCGCGGCGUCCGGGAUCUGCAGGUGCUCACGACCGAGAAGCGCUUGAGUAAUUGCCUCUUCCACUACUACGUGGCGCUGGUGGACCCUGUCCACCAACGAGGCAUGAGCAAGAGCCAAUUCCGCGUCGUGUUGCGUGAUAUGAACGUGAUUCCUGGUGGCGCUCCAGCGUCCACAACGUCGGCGUCUUCUCUAGUGGCGUCUCAUACUGCGGGAGCCAACGCACCUCCGCUUAAACUUCACGUGACGGACCUCAUCUUCUCUCAGGCCGAACGAACAAUGGCUCAAGAAGGCUCGCCGACCAACGCGUCGAGGAUGGCGCAUCGCCAGGCAGCGCCUCUAGCCGCUGGUGCAGACACUCACUUGAGUCUCAGUGGGUUUACAGCCGCCAUGCUCAUCGUCCGAGAACGCGUAGUGGCCCAAGCGGAGCAGUCGAUGCAGCAAGCAGGCGGAGAAGACCCCGAGAUCGACGACGACGAGGAGUGGUUCAUGCUUCGGUUCCUGGUGCCUCUAUCGCUGCGGCUUGGCGCUCGACUUCUGACGCAGAUCCGCCGCUGCAAGGAGCUCGACCUCCAGCUGACGGGAUCUCAAGAGCCAACUGCAGCUGCUGCACGACAACUUCUAGCCGCCAACCGAGCUGCGAUCCAACUGCUGCAUCGCCACUACUCUCGACGCGAGCUUCACGCAGACGCGGACGGUGGUGUUCCCAUUGUGUCAACCCCCAAGGCGGCAGCUCCUCGUCGACUGGUCAUGCUCACGUUCCGAGGGCUAGCGAUGUUUGCGAGCGACUUCAACCUGUUGACUCUUGGUGCCGGUCUGCCUGCCCUGCAUUUCUUACUGGAAGCGGUCAACUGGAUCUCUGGCAGCGCACACACGGAGGUGAUCUCGUUCGAGAAGUUUCAGCUGCUGUUGGUGAUGCUGGCUGUGCUCCCAUUGUCGCCUCCGAACGCGAGUCCCUGGGCGUCGUGGAUUGGCGAGAGUGACAGCAGUGGGGGCUCAGCCCAAACUGGGCCUCGACUGGUAGUUGAACCAUUGAUGACGUUCUUCAGGCGAUUGGCAGGUAGUCCGGCACUCGUUCGAGUCACAGCCGAGUCCAACAUCGUCAGUGAUGAGAGUGCCAACGAUCCAGGACAAGCCCCAGCAACAAACAACCCGCAGUCAUUGUUUGUACUAUCGGUGUCGAUCGAUGAUACUCCAUCAAACAACCAAGAGUAA